AUGGCAGUAAUCAAACAGACUGCACGAAUGGUCGAUUCUGGUAGCGAUUCUCAACAGCACAAGAGACGCGAAGCUGAAAGGCAAGAAAUUAAGGUUCAGUCAGCCCCAUCAGUACCCACUGGAAACAGGCGGGGUCAAGAUCGUUCUCAUGACAAAGUCUUAGAUCGAGAUCAUGCUCAUAACAGAUCCCUGGAUCAUGGACGAGAUCGAGAUCGUUUCCGUGACAGAACUCCAGAUCUGAAUCGGAGAAGGGAAAAAAAACCAGUGAUCGAUAACGAAAGAAUGGAUGUUGAUAGGGAAAAUCCACAAGUUCGAGGAAACAGAGGGCAUGUGUUCGGCAUCCCGCCUAGGAGGAAUGGCGACCGACAGGACCUGCAAGAUGGUCGCACUGCGACUCGUAGUACAGAGGAAGAACUGUUACUCAAUCGGCUGAACGAUUUGGAGAAGGAGAACGCUCUCCUGAGAUUAGAACGUGAAAACCAAGCUUGGCCUAGGUCUGGUAAUCUGAAAAACCAGAUGGGUAGGUCUGUAUGGCAGCGCCUUGGAAGUCGAGUUAGCCCGCAAGCUGCAGACCAAAACAGAGAAGUGAUCGAUCUUGAUCGGCCAUAG